AGCCUAUCACAAAGACACACACAGACACACACAUACAAAAUUAUAGAUAACUACACAAAUACUCAGAUCUUGAACUGGGAAUCAUACUUUGGGAAUCACCUGGAGAGACGACAGAGAGAACAAGGCCAGGGGUCCAGCCUGUGCAAGUUUUAGCACACAACCCCAAGAGCCCUACGCAGCUGGUUUGUCCAACUCGGAUCUACAGGGCUCCAGUCAUUGUCAGCAGGCGAAGGACUUAUUCAACUGGGGAGGGAGUGCUGACAUUGUCCACCUAACACCAUGGACCAGGAGGAUGACAAAAACUCACUGGAUAUCCAUGACAACCCUCCAGCUCCUGACAAUGUAGUGAAGGAGGACGGAGAAACUGUCUAUUUCAUAUAUGAGGAGGAGGUGGAAGUGGAGGAGAAGGAACCAGAACCUCCUCCACCAGUUCUCAGAGUCAACGACAAACCGCACAAGUUCAAGGACCACUACUGCAAGAAACCCAAGUUCUGUGACGUCUGUGCUCGAAUGAUAGUCUUGAACAACAAGUUUGCUCUGAGGUGUAAAAACUGCAAGACCAACAUCCAUCAUUCAUGUCAGUCAUAUGUCGAGUUCCAGAGAUGCUUUGGAAAAAUUCCCCCUGGCUUCAGAAGGGCCUACAGCUCCCCCCUGUACGGCAGCGACCAACCAGAUCCAAACAACUCGAACAGGAGCGACCCCGUCUUCGACACCCUGCGGGUCGGUGUCAUCAUGGCAAAUAAGGAGCGUAAAAAGAAUGAAAACGACAAGAAAAACAUGAUGGUGAUGAUGGAGGAAGAGGAAGAAGAGAACCAACAGCCCAAAGAGAACGAUGAGGGAGAAGGGAAGCCUGAUGAUAAGAAGGACAAAGGAGAACACAAAGCAGAUGAAAAGAGUAAAGGUACAUUCUCCCAAUCUCACUAUUACCUGGCUCUCUACCGCUUUAAGGCCAUUGAGAAAGACGACCUGGACAUCCACCCCGGUGAUCGGAUCACAGUCCUGGAUGACUCAAACGAAGAGUGGUGGAGAGGAAAGAUGGCAGAUAAGACGGGCUACUUCCCCACCAACUACCUCAUAAAAGUGCGUGCGUCGGAGAGAGUCUUCAAGGUGACUCGCUCCUUUGUAGGGAACAGAGAGAUGGGACAAAUCACACUGAAGAAAGAUCAGAUUGUGGUGAAGAAAGGAGAUGAGAAAGGCGGCUACCUGAAGGUCAGCACCGGACGCAAGCUGGGCUACUUCCCUGCUGAUCUGCUGGAGGAGAUCACUGUGACAUAGAAACCAGGAUGUCCAGUGAUAGAGGCCACAACACACUUUAAAUAUCAGCACAAACUGGUGGCUUACAGCUAUUUUCUGCAUCUGUCACCUGAAAAAAAAUCUAAAUUUGCUCUGCAGAUGCGUAUUUGCUGUGAUCCGUAAUGGUUUUGUUGUGAAUAGUUAAAAAAUAUAAACGCUAAAUGCUUUAAUUUACUGCCGGCUGACAGUAGCUUUGAGGACAGGCUGGGGAAACCUGCAGAGGUCAUGAAGCAAGUCAUGAAUUGUUGUGCAAUUGAUAUUUAACAAAUGCAUCCAUGUAUUUCAGAUGUUUUUGACAAUAGUGAUGGAAAGUUCCUCUAACAUCUUACAACUCUACCUCUGAGUAGCAGAUACCGUUUUAUAAGAGGCAGCAAAUGGGAAACUGAUAAUAAAUCAUAAUUAAAUCUAUGACCUAAUCAAAAUGAUCUAAUGAAUGAUUUGUUACCAUUUGCUUCUCUGCCCUUGACAGUUACAUAAAUAAAAGCCAUUUCAACAUGUACAUAGCUUUCUAUUAACAAUGUAAAAAGG